AGUAUGUCCUGACAACGGAUACAAACAAUAACAUUACCUUAUCUAUACGUAAUAAUAAUCAGUGGAUCUGUGCAGCGUCUGCUCUACACUAAUGAUCGUGAUCAGUUAGCAGAUUGUGUGCAGACUUUGAAGUUCCUUAUUCCACAUGGUGGCCAUGGUUUACUAUGGUAUUCUUCGUCUAAAGGAGAGACACCCUCCAGGAGUUGAAAACAGGACGCUAAGAAAAAUAAUAUCAGAAAGUACUGAGCAGCAAAGGAUCAGAGUGAGAUAAGAGGAAAUUAGCACAAUGGAAUACACAUUAUAGAGCCAGAGAUGGAGUGCUCUACACAAAGAAGUGACUCUCUGGGACCAGUGGGUGAUACACCGUGCACUAGGGUUAGUCACGUACAUCACCAAACCACGAUGCUAAUAAAACUAGAGACUGAUCUGGGCUCCACCCACUCUGGAGAUCCCAUGAUGCAGCAUCCAGUCUGUACAGAGCUUGGAGAUGUAACUCAUCAGCAUCCUGACAAAAUUAAACAAGAGGCUGAUGAACAAGAGUACAUAAAGGCAGAACAGGACUAUGAUUUGGAUUAUUCUAAUCAUCCACAAGUUAUUUUUCAUCAGAAGAAAUGUGAAACUAAUGAAACUUCAGUGACUGUGGACACAAAUACUGUAAUGAAUGAUGGCGGGGCUAACGACAGCACCAAGAAUCAACAACAGAAAUGUGCAGGAGAUCGAAAUCCAUGUUAUGAAAAUGUUGCUCAUGACAUGCAGAUAUUGGAAAGUGACUUAAAUCAACAAGAAUCAAGUAAUCAGAGCAGCUUUGCCCAGGAGUGUGUAGCUGGUGACAAAACGUACAACUGUGCUCAGUGUCAAAAGGUUUUCAUUAAAGAAUCAUCUUUAAAACGACACCAGAAAAUUCAUUUAGAUGACAAACCAUACAAGUGUACCCAGUGUGGGAAGCAGUUUAAUUGGGCAUCUAAAUGCAAAGAUCACCAAAAAGUUCACUCUAGUGAAAGACCACACAAGUGCUCCCAAUGUGAGAAGUCUUUUAGGCGGGUGUCUGAUUUAAAUCAACACCAGAAGAUUCACUCAGGUGAAAAACCAUACAUGUGUACCCAAUGUGGGAAGUCUUUUAGCCAUGGAUCUACUUUAGCACAGCACCAGAUAUCUCAUUCAGGAGAAAAAACAUUUAAGUGUACCAAGUGUGACAGGUGUUAUAAGCAUGCCUCUACUCGCAGGCAACACGAAAGGACUCAUUCUAGUGAAAAACCUUAUAAAUGUAACCACUGUGGGAAGGGUUUCAGUUACACAUUUCUGUUAAAAGAACAUCAAAUCCUUCAUUCAGGAAAAAAACCAUAUGUGUGUUCAGAUUGUGGAAAGGGUUUUGCUCAGAGAACGUAUUUAAAGCAACACCAGAGAAUUCAUGUAAAUGGAAUGAUAUACAAUGAAAAACCAUACAACUGUAACGAUUGUGGGAAGAUUUUCAAACAGGUGAAUGAUUUAAGACGCCAUCAGAAAAUUCACUCGGGUGAAAAACCGCACAAGUGCACUGUGUGUGGGAGGUGUUUUCAGCGUGUUUAUGGUCUAAAAGAACACCAGAGAAUACAUUCAGAUGAAAGACCAUAUAAAUGUACUAUGUGUGGGAAAGGCUUUCAUCAUGCAUCGACUCUAAAACAACACCAGAUAACCCAUUCAGAUGAGAAACCAUAUAGCUGUGUCCAGUGUGGGAAGUGCUUUAUACAUACAUCACAUUUUAAGGAACACCAGAGAAUGCAUUUGGCUCUGCUUGGAUUCUUUUAA